AUGGCAAUACUCCGACGCUGGCCGCAUCUCCAGCAAUGCAGUACCGGUAGCAUUAUAGGCGACGAUAAUGAUAGACCUAUCGAGAACAUAGGUGGCAAUAGCAACGGCAACGACGCGGAAGCCAGCGCGGAGAGGGUCUUAGUGGGAAGCGAUAAUUCAUCUUCCAAGGAGUUAGUGAAGAUAGAAUUUGAAAUGAACUGGAAGCCGGGAAGGGACUGGGUAUACCGCAGAGCUACAAUACAGCACCUCGCACUCUUUAUGCCAUGGGAGAAGUUCACUAUAGCAGCAUUAGGCGAUAUUAAUGAAAUCUGGGAAUACUAG